GAAAAAUAAGAGCUGCAGUGAAUAUUAAACAUCAAUUUGAAAACGUACAGAGCAGAGAUUCUGUCCCUGCAGAGAAUCUGAAUCAACUAUUUGUGGAAACCUAACAACAGGGUUUUAAUGUAGCUUUGAAAAGUAGCAGCAUUUUCUGAAUAUCAUAUUUUGUGCUAAUUGAUGUUAAAAUUCUGAAAAUUUGUAACUUAUAUUUUCCUCCCAACCUCCACACCCUUUCUUGAAAAUCUUUAUCGAGAAGAAGAACAUGGCUACCAAUGGUCGUGUUAAGAGAAAAUCUCCACCAGAUGACUCGGAUAUUAUCCAUGUCAACUUAUCAAUCAGCUUUCAGGAUGGGCAUCGAUUGUUCUUCAAGGUGAAUCAGGAUUUGCAAUUAAUUAAGGUAUUCAGAGAAUUCUGUGAUCGAAGGAAUUUGGAUUACGACACCUUGAAGUUCAUAUAUGAGGGUACUCAAGUUAGAGGAAAUCAAACACCAAAAACGCUUAAUAUGGAAGAUGGUGCUGAGAUCUUUGCUGCGAGACACCAAUUUGGAGGUUAGGAAAUGGUCUCUCAGUUAUGAGGAAAUGGUCUCUCAGUUAUGAGGAAAUGGUUGUCAGAAAAAACUAUGCAUUAUGCACUUUUACUUAUUGUGAAUCAACUUAUAUGUUAAACUUGAGUAGCAGUAGUAGUAAAUAUGUAUUGAACAAAAUUGAAGACUAAGAAGAGUAUUUUUAGGAUUUUCUUUUUUAUUAGUUACCUCAC